ACAACAUGGAAGUAUUCUAACCAGGAAGUAAAGAGGAUAUAGUUUGUUUGUUAGAGGUUCAUUGACAAGUAAGUCGAAUGCGAUUUCCAACUGCACAAUGAGUGUCAGUGGAGAUGAGUAUCGCAACAGCGACGACGAAUACGAUUCUGUCUAUGCAAAUGACGCUAUACUAGAUAUAGCAAAUGUUUCGAUCUGUUUACAAAAAGAAACACUGACAAGUUUACUUGAACGUGACAAGAAAAAAACUGAAAAGGAUGAUAGAUGCAGAUGGUAUCACGGGAAAAUAUCACGCGAGGCAGCAGAGAGUCUACUUAAGGAAGGUUUGAUGAAUCUUGGAGGAGUUGACGGACUCUUCCUGGUGAGGGAUAGCACCAGUUCUAAGGACGACUUUGUACUCAGCGUUACCCACAAUGCACGUGUUUACCAAUUCCAACUAAAGGAGGUCCAUGAUGGACACUAUCGCUUAGAUGAUGGUCCAACUUUUCCAGGGCUAGUGAAAUUAAUUCAGUAUUACCAAAGUCCCAACAAAACUGGACUUGUGACAACCUUGACCCAGCAUUGCCAGGGGUCAGCCCCGCCCCCUAAAGCACGGACUCAGGGGCCCACCAAUAUCCUACAUAGAGCUGUCAUUGAGGGGAAUGUUCAAAUUGUCAAGGAUAUUUUGAACCAUAGUCUAUGUCCUGAUGUCAAUGCAAAAAGUGAAUGGGGUACGACAGCGUUACACGAUGCCUGUAAAUACGGAUUCCAGGAUAUUGUACAGCUACUUAUUGAACACAAAGCAGAUGUGGAAAUGAAAGAUAGAGCAGGGUUAACUCCCCUUCAUCGGUCCUGUGCCACGAACAGAGCUGAGAUGAUUCCAAUCCUGGUAGAAAAAGGUGGUGCCAACCUUCAGUCCUCUACACCUAAAACAUCUUGGGUACCCAUGCAUGAUGCAGCAAUGCGUGGACAUGUCAAGUGUAUCAAGGCCUUGCUAAAGAUGAACGCCCCUCUGAUGCCACGCGCCGAGGAUGAACAGACGCCACUGGACCUGGCCAUCAAGUACAACAGGGACGAUUGCAUAAAAUUACUCAAUGCUGAAGACAGGCGUCCCAUAUACACAAAACAGGAGGAUUGGCUCCACCCAGACCUAGACAGACAGCAAGCCUGUCAACUACUUGACGCUUACCACAAAACAGACGGCUUGUUUCUGGUCCGGAAAAGUCGGAGAAAUGUUAACUUCCAUGUAAUAACAUUCUGCUUUAAGAAAAAUUACUACAACUUUGAGGUCAAGGUCAAGGAUUAUAGGAACAAGCUUGUCCAUUACAUUGAUAACGGUCCAUUGUUUCCCUCUCUGGAGCGUGUGAUUGACCACUACACCCACCAAUCUGACGGACUUACAACCAAACUAACAGCAUCCGUCUGUCCAGGUCAGGAAGAGUUGGUUUAUGUACGUUCUGAAAACAAGUCAGUGGAGCGGUCUCAUCAAGUCCCAAAAAGCAUGCCGAGACCAAAUCUUCCACCGAGGGAUGAGCCCGAGGUUCCUGAGGACACGUACGCAGAACCUGCGAAUGUCAGUGAACCCCCACAACUACCGCCAAGUCGCAAUCCUCCAUCAGCAACCUCAAAAACUGUUCUUAGUGAAACCAAACAGCAGAGCGUUGAAGAAUUCAAAAAGGUGAUUGACCCUAAGGAGAUUGUCCUAGGACAGGAUCUUGGUGAGGGAGAAUAUGGUGCUGUAAAAAAGGGAAAAUAUACUCACAGAGAAGGCAGAUUUUCUCCUAAGGUUAAGAUUGAUGUGGCUGUGAAGACAUUCCACCAGACUGACCCUGCAGUCGGGGUCAAUGAGGGCAUACUAAGGGAGGCAAUCCUGAUGCAGGAUCUUGAUCACUCGAGUAUUGUGAAGCUGUAUGGUAUCUGUGAAAACCCAUUCAUGUUGGUAGAGGAGUUCAUUCCCAAUGGUGCCCUUUGUGAUUACUUGGAGAAGCACAAAGGUACAAAUAAGAUCAAGGUUGACCCAACCCUGUACCUAUGGGCAUCACAAAUCGCUGAUGGUAUGCAGUACCUAGAGCAGAGAAAUAUAGUCCAUCGGGAUCUUGCUGCGAGAAACAUUCUUGUGGAAUCAAAGCACCAGGUAAAAAUCAGUGAUUUUGGUCUGUCAAGAGCUUAUGAAGAGGGGCAGUACUACAAGGCUUCAAAGGGAGGGAGAUGGCCUAUCAAAUGGUAUGCCCCUGAGUGUGUAAACUAUGGGAAGUUUACACAUCACACAGAUGUCUGGAGUUAUGGCAUAACUCUUUGGGAGAUGUUCUCCUUUGCUGACCAACCCUACGGUGAAAGGAAAGGCAUAGAGGUGAUUCAAUUUGUGGAGUCUGGCGGCCGAUUGGAAUGUCCAAAAGACUGCCCCCCACAGGUGUAUGAGAAAAUGAAGAAAUGCUGGGAAAAAGAUCCAAAAAGGAGACCAAGUUUUACUGAGUUAAAAACUCAUUUUCAAACUGAUCCUCUUUAUGGUGAUGCCAUUAAAUAUUUCCGCAGUCAAAAGGAUAAGAAGAAAAAUUAACAUUCAAACGUCAUUUAAUAAUAUUGAUAAAAAAAAAUUGCCAAAGAAAGUAAAACAUACAGAAGUAAAACAUAACCUUCGAAGCCUGCACACUAAAUUCCAGUGUGCUGUGAGAACCAACAGGAUUCCAGUAUUCUGUGACAACCAAUGGGAUUCCAGUUUUCUGUAAAGACCAAUGAGGUUCCAGUGUGCUGUGAGAACCAACAGGAUUCCAGUGUUCUGUGACAACCAAUGGGAUUCCAGUGUUCUGUGAAGACCAAUGGGAUUCAAAUAUUCUGUAAAGACCAAUGAGGUUCCAGUAUGCUGUGAGAACCAAUGGGAUUCGAGUAUUCUUUGAGGACCAAUGAGGUUCCAGUAUGCUGUUAGAACCAAUGGGAUUUGAGUAUUCUGUGAGGACCAAUGAGGUUCCAGUAUGCUGUAAGAGCCAAUGGGAUUCAAAUAUCCUGUAAAGACCAAUGAGGUUCCAGAAUGCUGUGAGAACCAAUGGGAUUCGAGUAUUCUGUAAGGACCAAUGAGAUAACAGUAUUAUGUGAGAACCAAUGAGAUUUGAAUAUUCUGUGAAGACCAUUGAGGUUCCAGUAUGCUGUGAGAUCCGAUGGGAUUUGAGUAUGCUGCGUGAUCCAAUGAGAUUCCAGUAUUCUGUGAAGACCAUAGUCUCACAACUGUCUUAACUGAACAUCACUAAGACUGUUAUUUCUGUUCUCUCUGUGAUAAGUAACAGGACAGCACAGGUUAAAUACAAAGUACCAACCUAUUUAAAAGCCAACCAAUAUAAAAUUGAAGUCAAAUUUUGAUUAUUUUUAUAAAAUAUGUACUUAAAUAUAAUUACAUUUACUGUAUAAUGGAAUAUUUAUGUAACUGAUGGGUUUAUUCAACAGGGGCCAAGACGUGUUAUACAUAAUAGACAUUGUAUCUAGUAUAUAAUAGCAUCUAGCACGAGUAUAUACAAUAUCUAGUAUAUGUAGUAUCUAGUUAUAGAAUAUCUUAAUCAUUUUGUAUACAUGGUAUCUAGUAUACUUAGUAGCUGGUAUACAGUAAACAAGGUAUCUAGUAUAACAGAAAUUUGGUGUACAGGGUACCUAUACACAGUCUCUUAUAUACAUAGUAUCUUAUAGACAUACUAUCUAGUAUACUUAGUAUCUGGUAUGAAGUAUACCAGGCAUCUAGUAUACUAAGUAGCUGGUAUAUAGUAUACCAGGUAUCUAGUAUACUUAGUAUCUGGUAUGAAGUAUAGCAGGCAUCUAGUAUACUUAGUAUCUGGUAUAAAGUAUACCAGGCAUCUAGUAUACUACGUAGCUGGUAUAUAGUAUACCAAGUAUCUAGUAUACUUAGUAUCUGGUAUAUAGUAUACAAGGUAUCUAG